CAGCAGUCAAAAUCUCUCCCAUCACAUGGCUCCGCAUCCCAACAAGACGUAAACACCCCCACCUCCCCCUCCUCCUCUCUAAUCUUCCUCUCUGUCUGAAAUCCCAAGAGCAACAACUCUUUGUCUGCUUCUUCUUUCUGCAAUGGCCGUGAGAUCUCUUCAAAUUCCUUCCUCCUCUCAGCCUCUACCUCUUACCUCGGCAGUCUUCUUCUUAUUACUCCUCCAAUGGCGGAACUCCUCCACGGCCCUGCUGCUGAAACUCAAGAACCACCACGGCGGCCACAGCCACAGCAGCGGUCCCCUCUUCCAGUCCAACCGUUCCUCCUGCCAGAUGUUCACAGGCACCUGGGUUCGCGACGACUCCUACCCCAUGUACCAGUACUCCGACUGCCCCUUCAUAGACCCCGAGUUCAACUGCCAGCUCUACGGCCGCCCCGACUCCGGCUACCUCAAGUACCGCUGGAGACCCCUCAACUGCGAGCUCCCAAGGUUUAACGGGAAGGAGUUCUUGGAGAGGAUGAAAGGGAAGACGGUGAUGUUUGUCGGGGACUCACUGGGGAAGGACCAGUGGGAGUCUCUCAUCUGCUUGAUUGCUUCUUCAGCUCCUUCGACAUCCACCCAGAUGACAAGGGGUUUGCCACUCUCAACUCUCAAGUUCUUGGACUAUGGGCUCACGGUGUCAUUCUACAAGGCCCCGUAUUUGGUGGAUAUUGAUGCCAUCCAAGGCAAGAGAGUCCUGAGGCUUGAAGACGUCUCCAACAACGCGGACGUGUGGCGGUCUGCCGAUGUCCUCUCGUUCAACACAGGGCACUGGUGGACCCAUCAAGGAUCUCAACAAGGGUGGGAUCUAAUAGAAUCAGGCGGGACGUACUAUCAAGACAUGGACCGUUUGGUCGCUAUGGAGAGAGCUCUCAGAGCAUGGGCCAACUGGGCUGACUCCAAGGUUGACCGGACCCGCACCCAACUUUUCUUCCUCGCUAUCUCUCCCACUCACUACAACCCGAGCGACUGGAGCGCAGGGCCCACAGCUGCAACUACCAAGAACUGUUAUGGGGAGACAACGCCGAUGAGUGGGACCAUGUACCCAGGGGCGUAUCCUGAGCAGAUGAGAGUGGUCGAUGAAGUGCUCCGGGGCAUGAAGAGCCCUCCCUAUCUUCUCGACAUUACGCUGCUCUCAGCUCUUAGAAAAGACUGCCACCCUUCAGUGUACAGCGGAGAGUUGAGCCCAGAUCAGAGGGCAAAUCCCGGCCGCUCGGCUGAUUGCAGCCACUGGUGCCUACCAGGGCUGCCGGACACGUGGAACCAACUUCUCUACACAGCCAUGUUCUACUAACUUGGUCCGCUCCAUUUCAUGUUUUUGCUCUCUAACAUUGAUUCUUAGCUUCUGCCACAUUCAAGGCAAUAUAUAUGUUAUUAGUCCAUUCUUAUGGUGGCAGAGACAGCAGCUUCAGUUGAGAGAGGAUGCGGAAACUGCAAUUCCUCCAGUCAUUGUAACAUUUCAAAAACGGAGCUUCAUUUUUCUAAUGAUAGUUUAGCAGGUGCUUAUUGUUAUUUCUCA